AUGAUCACCAGACAUCCCUGUAUCGAACACUUAACACGUCCCGCCCUUCGCUCCAGCAGGCACUUUGCAUCCGGCGACGGUACCUACGUCCGUCCGCCAGACACUCGGCUGUCGACCCGGGGGGUCGAGUCCCGGCUCCCCGGCUGGAUCCCGGAGCGGGACCUGCGCGAGGCCGGCUGCUCGAAGGGCACCCAGGCCAAGCUGAGUCCCGCCAUCAGGUCCUGCCCCGGUUCUCGACCGUCCAAGACGGCUCGUCUGCAGCGCAAGACGACCGCGGUGACGGCGACCGCCGAAGCGAUGCCCUACCGCCGCCGGUCGUACGAGGACAACUUCGUGAACCGGCAGAGCCAGGAGCUGGCCCGGUUAAGCCUCGCCGAGGAACGGGAGGAGGACGUCGUCUCCGGCGACGGCGUCGACGACGACGACGAGGAGAUGAACGGCGCGGAAGACGUCCCUUUUCGGAAGGCUGCCGUCGUCUACGCUGACGGCGACGGUGAUGCGACGACCAUGGAUCUCGUGUUGGACGAACAGCGAGAGGUGACGAGCGUCAGCGCAGGGCUAGCCUGGUUACCGCAGGUACGGCGGGCAAGCCCAAAGCGCACGGCCUACAGCACCCGGCCCGGCGCAAUUCUACCAUGCGGGAUUCUCCAAACGAUAAAUUAGGCGACGACAAAGCUUCAGGGGUUAUCAAUAAACACGGAUAUCA